AUGGAACAUCCGGCAUUUACAUUAUCUGGCUUAUGUGCUGUGGGAGGAAUUAUGGGUUAUGCCCGUAAAGGUUCUAUUCCUUCGUUGAUUGCGGGAACAUCAUUUGCAAUCUUGUAUGGAGGUGCUGGUUACUUGUUAAAAAAGAAUGCGGACUACGGAUUAGAGUUGGCAUUGGGUACAUCCACCUUUUUACUUGUAGCAGGAUUGGGACGUGCUAUACCUACGCAGUUCAAAAAACCCCUUCCUGUUGGUUUGGUCGUAUUAGGUGGAUUAUCUACCUUCUAUUACGGUAAGAAGUAUAAUGAAUUCUACCCUCUCUAUUAA